UUGGGGGUGGUGGAAUUUGCGUGGGAGGAGUUGAUGGCGUAAGCAGAGGAAGCGGUUGAAGAAAGAAAUGGUCUGAUUGGGAUGGGGAAGGGGAUUUGACCACCUCCUCGUUGUCGUUGUUGGCGGCGAUUUCCAUUUGCUAUUCUUCACUCUAAUCCCUCAUUCGUUACGAACAAACAAAGCAAAAGUUAUUAGAACAAACGAUUGCAAGACAUCGAUGAAGAGCUCUCUGAAGAAAUUGCGAGGUCUGGCGCUUCACAAUCACAACCACAACCGCACUCGCAAGGAUGACUCCUCCAACUCCAUUCAGCCUCUGGGCCAGCUUGACGAGCUUGCUCGGGCCACCCAGGAUAUGCAAGACAUGAGGGACUGCUAUGACACCUUGCUUUCCGCCGCCGCUGCAACCGCCAGCAGUGCCUAUGAAUUCUCUGAGUCCUUGCGAGACAUGGGCUCUUGUCUUCUCGAGAAGACCGCUUUAAAUGACCACGCAGAUGAAACUGGAAAACUUCUCCUCACGCUUGGCAAAAUUCAGUUCAAACUCCACAAACUAAUAGAUGACUACCGUUCUCAUAUAAUUCAGACAAUUACCGUUCCCUCGGAGUCUCUCUUGAAUGAACUUCGAAUUGUUGAGGAGAUGAAGCGGCAAUGUGAUGAGAAAAGAGACGUAUAUGACUAUAUGGUAGCAAGAUACAGAGAAGGAGGCAGGUCUAAAGGCGGGAAAGGGGAAACUUUUUCUUUGCAGCAGUUGCAAACUGCUCAUGAUGAAUAUGAUGAAGAGGCUACUUUAUUUGUUUUCCGAUUGAAAUCUCUGAAGCAAGGACAAUCGCGUAGUCUUCUAACACAGGCAACGCGUCACCAUGCUUCUCAGUUGUGUUUUUUCAAGAAAGCAGUCAAGUCCCUUGAGACAGUAGAACCACAUGUAAAAUCUGUAACUGAACAGCAGCACAUUGAUUACCAGUUCAGUGGUCUUGAAGAGGAGGAUGGGUAUGAAGGUGACGAUGGAGAUGAUGGUGGUGGUGGUUAUGAUGACAAUGAUGAUGGUGAGCUGAGUUUUGACUAUGGACAAACUGAACAAGACCGAGAUGUUUCUACGUCACGAAACUCCAUGGAGCUGGAUCAAGUGGAAGUUACAGCUCCUGGAGGUUUUACAUCCGAAACUGCCAAGGAAAACUUAGACAAACUUCAAAGGAAUUUGUUUUCCUUUAGGGUUAGGACAGGGAGCCAAUCUGCCCCGCUUUUUGCGGAUAAUAAACCUGAUGCAAUUGAAAAACUGAGACAGAUGCGCCCAUCUUUAUCUCGGAAGUUUAGUUCAUAUGUGCUACCCACACCCGUUGAUGCUAAGAGUUCAAUCUCUUCAAGUUCAAAUAAUCCAAAACCUUCCAAAGUGCAGGCAAAUUUAAGUGAACCUACAAAGAACUUGUGGCAUUCAUCCCCAUUAGAACAAAAGAAACAUGAAAAAGAUAGCGGUGAUGAAUUUUCUGGUUCCAUUGUCAGAAGUGCUCCGUCAGUACACAAGGAAAGUAACAGUAAUACUGCCUCCACGAGAUUGCCUCUUCCUCUAGCAGAUAAUCUUUUAUCCUCGAAUCGUGAUUACAUUUCUGCUCACCCUAAAAAGAUUAAAAGAUAUGCCUUUUCUGGCCCAUUGACAAGUAAUCCUGGGCCUACCAGACCAGUUUUGUUAGAAAGUGUUCAACUGUUCUCUGGACCUCUUUUGCCAAGUUCAAUCCCUCAGCCUCGGUCAUCAUCUCCAAAAGUAUCUCCCACUGCUUCUCCCACUCUAGUGUCUUCACCCAAAAUAAGUGAGCUUCAUGAACUUCCUAGGCCUCCAACCAAUUUCCCAUCCAAUUCAAGGCUUUUAGGUUUGGUGGGACAUUCUGGUCCUUUGUUGUCUGGAGGUCAAAAGGUUUCCUCUGCAAAUAAUUUGGCUGCAUCAAGUGCUGCAUCUCCAUUGCCAAUGCCACCUCAGGCCAUGGCUCGUAGUUUCUCCAUACCUUCUAGUGGGGCUAGAGUUGCAGCAUUACAUGUUCCUAGAACACUAGAUUCUUCUCAUGGAUCAUCUAUAUCUGAGACUAUUGCUUCUCCUCUGAUACCACUAGCAUUAUCUAGUAGUCAGCCAUCAUCAGAUUGCUGAGGCUGCUGUCUAGAUAUUUAGACCGGAG